AUGUUGAACUUUAAGGCUGCCAGAAGGGCGUCUACAAGAGUAAGAACGAUCGUUUUUACAACAAAUAAUGUGAUUUUUUUGGAUAAAGACUGUGUAGAGUUAGCGAAGAAAUUGGUUUCUGAGAAAACCUAUGAAUUGUUUGGUCGGGAUCUAAAUGUGGAAAAAAUAGUAAAUUUGAGCACAGCAAUAUUGGGUUUGACAAGAGAAGGUGAUGAUGAAGUUAUAGCAGUAAUGUGCAUCAGUAACCACCCCAAUAUAGCAUCCAUACCAUCAUGGGACUGGUGCGACUGGUUUAAAUUCCAUUACGGUAUAGAAAACGUCACUUCUAGAAACUCAUGCUGGAUACAUCUGAUGGUAUACGAACCUGGAUACGGUAGAGGGGUUAUGAGUCCGAUGGUCAGAUUGCUCUACAGAAUGAAAAAUAUGGAAUAUGUUUUUAUGGUGGUGCCGCCUGGUGUCGAAAGAGUGAACUUUGUUGACCAAGGGUGCAUCCAUAUACUACCAAAAGGUUAUUUAAACCCAAGAACAGUCCAAACUUUGUUCAUGUGGCAAAGGCAGAACUACGUUAAAAAAUACAAAAUAAGGAGGGCCGUUGAGGAAGAUAAUGAUGAUAUAGUUCCUCUAAUAGACAUGUUUUCCGAAAAACUAAAAGACUAUUACGGCGAAUAUUAUAUUGCAGAAAUAUUAACAAGGCAUGAAAAUUCUGGAAGGCAAUUGAUAGUAGCAGAAUUUGACAGUGUAGCGGUUGCAGUGAUUGGACUGAACGAAAACGUAAAUUAUGAAGCUUUAAACGAACAUUUUGAGCUUCGAGCAUAUCAUGGGCUUAAGAAGCCCAGCGAAAUGGAUGAAUUAUAUCGAGAACCUGACCCAGAAAGCAAAAGCCAAUCUGGGUUUAGCCAAAGCCAGAUGGAUGAUUCCGAAUAUUCUAAAAGCAUAGUAGACCAGUCCAAUGUUUUUCAGUACAACCAAUCCGAAACUGGUUCUUCAGAGUUUAUGUUGAAGGAUUCUUCUUCAGACGAUGAUUCGGACUACUCUUUAAUGUUCUCUCCGGACGAUGUAUCGGAAGACGAGUCUUUCUUGUCCAAUAUCGAGAUGGUGGCGAAAAAAUUGGGGGAAUACGAGGAACAUUUAACGCACGAAAUUCAGUAUUACGAACAUCACAAAGGAUCAAGUCAUGACAUCGCCCUUGCUAGGGAACAGUGUAAGAAAAAAAGUUCUAAGAUCAACUUGGUCAAAGAUAUUUUUACCGGUAAUUUUACAGAUUGGUCCCAUUUCAAAGGAAAAAGAAAAUCCAAAUACUACGGCUCUCCCAACGCUUUUGCCCUGGAAAUUGCUCUAGCCCAACCGGCACAUUUGGCGUCGUUGUCACAUUUAUACGAAGCAGCAUUCGAAUGCUUCCCUGACAGGGACUAUUGCGUUUUAUCACAACCAUUCGCACUAACCCCCCCAGUCCUCCAUUUCUUCAUGUUCGUACCCCCACGUCCGGAAGGUACAUUCCCCAACUCCCUAUACUUGCUACACCGCAACAGUAUGGUCGGACAAAUCGCCGUAAGAUCCGCCACUGAAGAAGAUGAGAUGGGAAUCGAAGAUCUUCUCAAAGAAUUACCGAGCAGGGACAAUUUACGCAGACUGUACCAUUCCAGCAUCGAAAGCCCUUGGAGACCCUACCUGUGCUACUUGUUGACCUGCGAAGAUGACAUAAUCGGAAUGGCCGUUUUGUCCGAGUUUAGGGACUCGGAUUACCUCAUGGGGCACUACAACAUAUCGAGGUGGAUGGAUUACCGGUACCAUCGAACGGGUUGCAACGGUUUGAUCGAGUAUCUGGUGGUCACGCCGGUUUUUCACAAGCAAGGCCGGCAUUUUUUGUCCGAGUUGCAUCGGUUGAGCGAUUUCUCGUCGUUGUACUACAAAACGUCGCACAAAGAAAGACCCAUGCAUAAUUCCAUAAGUUAUAUGAUUCCGGUAAAAUCACGGAUCACACCUGUGUAUAACAUGGAGUGCCUACAAGAUUAUCCACCUGAAGAGUAUGUUUUGCGACGUGAAGAUCCAUUUUCUUUAUAUCUAAGCUUACCCUGGACUUCUAAUAGAAGGAGUUUCGAGUUCAAUACAAGAAUUGUGGUGGUAGGGGCCAGCGAGACCGCUCUAGGUUUUUUAGAGGCUUUGUACAUGAAGCAGCCUAAAGAUAAAUUUGUGAUAUUUCAUAACGUAACAAUGGUAAACUCACAUUCAAUGACUAAGCACAAGGUACCAACUAAAAUUAGAGACAAUCUUCUCAUACAAAAAGACUUUGAAUAUGAAUCCUUUUCUACAAUGAUCGCUUCACAAGUUAAUAUAGCCCAUGGAGUGAUGACAGCUAUAAAUAGAAGAGAAAGGUACAUAACUAUUGAUGAUGUCAGUUAUAUACCGUACGAUUUUUUGUUUUUGAUGUGUGGUGAACAGUUCCAGAAGAAUUCUGUUAGACCCGACGUUGAACCAAAAAAGGAGUAUCCAAGGAAUGUGUACGUAAUAAAUACUGAAUUGGAUGCUGUAAGCGCUAUAAUAGACUUGAGAACCAUAAAACAGGUCAAAAAAGGAGACAAAAUCAUAGUCUAUGGUCAUUUUCUACAAGCCCUAUGCUGCAUAGGCACCUUGAUAGCUUAUGGUGUACCGGGUGAUCAAUUAAUAUAUGUAGAACCGUUCCCUCCAAAUGCAUCUUUCGAUGGAGUUUUUAGACAUAGUGUGGAUUUUUUCAAUGAUCCGCUCGUUGAUGAGGCAGUAAUGGAAGCUAUCAAAAGAUGCGGAGUGAAAGUGUACCAAGGCUAUUACUUCCACGACUGGGUGUACCACAAGGCGGAUAACGCCAUAAGUCAUGUCAAAUUUGAGUCGGAAAAUAGGUGCAUGGAUCUAAAAUGUUCGGCUAUGUUUUUUUAUAUAGGAAAAUCCGUGAGCCCUAGAACUUUCAAGUCGAUUAUACAGGCCGGACUUGUGUUUGAUGGGCGUUUGAUUAUUGACGCAAAAUGCAGAACAAACGACAAACACAUUUAUGGGGCGGGUACCUUAACCAGAUAUGGAAGACACUACUAUGCUGAUCAUUUAAUACAUAAAUACUUCAGUAGAAAAGAAAUAGGACAAAAAUUGGGACUUCAAAUAAGGGAAAUGCUGUUGAAAUGCAUAAAUUUAGAUCACACGUACACCCCUGUGUCGCUAAAAAAUCCUGAAUCCGGCCCAUCUAGAAGCAAUUUGCUUGUCCCUAAUUACGUUAAACCUUUGAUACGUUACUGCAAACUUCCAGACGGCCUUUAUUAUCUCUCCAUAAGAAAACCGGGUAUGAUGGUACCGUUGGAAGCGGCGCUAUCCAAAGGGGAUUACGGUCAUGUACUUAUAACUGGAGAUUGCAAAAAUCUGGAUAGGCAGGGGUAUUUCAGGUUGCAUUUGAAUAAAUUCAGAAAAGUGGAAACUAUAACAUGCUUGAACAGAUCUCCAAUUGAAGUCCAGAACCUGGCCCUACUCUAUGGCAAACACGAGCAACUUUUAAACAACUUACUGACCAGGUUUGAAAUGGUCGUCAUUAGAGACCUGUUUGACUAUUUUAGACAGCCAUGGGCGUAUGCGAUUUAUCAUGAUCGUUUUGAUAGCGCUUACGAUCAAAUGGACAGAUACUUGAUGAAUGCAAAGAACGAUGAGAAUGUGAAGUACACGAAAUUACUGAAACAAAUAUACAUUGACAGAAAUUGGACGAAGCUCGAUCUUGAAAAACGCGAUGAAUUGGAGGAAAUGUUUAGAAAAUCUUCUUGCGUAAAAGAACUCGAGUCCAAACUGGUCAAAUUUUUGGAGAGGAAUGAAGACUUUUUACCCAUGUAUGGAACCCCUGCCAAAAUUAAAAAAAUAUUGGGGAUUGACCCUUAAUUUUUAUAUUUAUAUAAAAUAUUUUUUUAUUUGUAUUUUUUGUUGUUUAAUAAUUCUAUCAAAUUUAAGCGGUGUUAUUUUUUAAAUGGUAGAAUCUUAAUUUUAAUUUUACCUACACAGAGGCCAAAAGUUAAUUGUAUAAAAACAAGAAAAU